GAAAUGGAAGAUGCAACCUAGGCAACACACAUUGCUAUAAACAUGGCUAUACUAUAAAUGCCCUAAAUACUUAAUGAUGUCAGCGUCUAAAUUUCAAUAUUUUAAGCUUGUUAGUUUAUUUUUCCAAUAAUAAUAGUAAUGGCAAUAGUUAUUAAGUAUGAUAAAUAUCACAAAAAUGGAUUUAAUUGGAAUGUAAAUGAAUCGUCAGACAUCAGAACAAAACGUAAGCUCAUUUAUUGACAGUUAAUUUAUGAAAUAAAAAUAUUAAAAAAAAAAAAUAUAUAUAUUAUAAGUAUAAGCUAUAAAAUAUAAUUAUAUAUUAAAUAUAUAUUAUGUUAUAUAUGGUCUAUUUUAAGAAGUAAGUAGCCUUGUUUAAACUUGUUAAAAGUAAAAAAUAAAAGUUAAAGUAAAAAAAAAAGUGUUUUUCUGUUGGCACUGUAGACUGUAGGCCUACUGUAAUUAGUGUACAAGUCAAGUAAAUGUAGGCCCUAACUCGAAGUAGUAGUGAGUGUAUGAUAUGUAUGUCAUUGUCAAAAUAUUGAUUUCUGAACAGACUUGUGACUGUGUUUAUUUUAAUUAUAAAUUGGUAUACAUGCCUGCCAUAUAUAUUUAAAUUAAAAUUGGGUCUAAAAUAUUUGAUUUUGAUACUGAACUGAUAUUGACUGUUAGUUUUUGUUGGCGUUUGAAUGAAAAAAAAUUGGGUAGUCUAAAGUAAUUCUAAUAACACUGUCUUUAGUCAUAAUUAACUCAGCUUAAUGAUUUAUUUUUGUAUUUUUAUUAAUUUAUUAAUUCUAUCCAGGUCAGGGUAACUUUAACAUAAUUAUGAUAGACUGCAUACUUAAAUCAAGAAGGCCUACUCUAUUAUCUAUGAUCUUAAGUAAAAUUCCUUUAUAUUCUAACAGUUCCAGACAUAAAACCUCCUGUUAUUGAUUAUAAAAAAUUGUCAGAGCUCUGUAAUAUUGAUGGAUUAAAGUCAAGGUAAUUACAACUAAGAACCAUUGACGGGUGAUGAUCUUUUUUUUCUUUUUUUUUUUGCAAUUAAAUAAUCUGUCAUAUAUUUUUCUUUUUAUGAAGUUUUAUAAUAAUCUGUUGCAGCUAUUUUGAAAUUAUUUUUGUAUAACUAAAUCUUCCAGAGGCAAGUCUCAGUCCACUGAGGAGGCUCAUGAAGUUUUCAUGCAAAAUUACAAAAACAUUUUUGUUCAAAAGCCAGCUAAGAUUGGAUUCCCCAUUCACUCAGAAAAAAGGGCUGGGUAUGAUCUGGAUUAUAAUUUAAGCUGGUUUUAUAGUUAUUCAAAUGUAGAAAGACAAUUGUUUUAAAAAAAUGAAAAUUUAAUUAUACUUUGAAUUCAAGUUAAUCUUUUUAAAUUGAUAACUUAAUUUAGUUUUAAAAAAUAAUAAAGUGAUAAUUUUUGUCCAUUUAUACAUUUUAUAUAGUAAUAUAAACUGGAAAGUCACUGAAAUACCAUAGCAGAUUUUUAGGAAAAUUCAUGUUAAAUUUGUUGUUAUUUUCUUGUCUUUUGAAAAGACUAAAUAGAGCAUGCUGUUUAAACAAUGAUAAAUAAGAUACUAAUAAUUAGAACAAUUCUUUUAUCCAAUAGGAUUCAAGCUGAUUUAUCUUCAUGUUUUAGCAAUCCUACUUUGAGUGCAAGUAAUGUAUUCAUCUAAUUCUUUCUUCAUCUAUAGUUCUAUCAAUCAACUUGUAUUUUAACAUUUAAAAUAUGUUAAACAAAAUCAGAUACAACUACUUGAUUACUGGAUUUUUCAAGGCUAUAAAUAGCUUAUGAAAUUUUUUUUUAACAGGAACAAAUUCUAAAAAUCUACAACCAAAAGUAAACAUAGAUGAAAAGUUUACUUUUAAUAUCAAAGAUUACUUGCCUCUCCUGCAUAAAGUAAGGAAGACAGAAGACACAAAAGCAGUUCGUAUUGAAAACAUAAAAACACUGCGCCAAAUUUUGAGAAAACAGUUAGUAAUAUUUGGUUGUUAAUUUUUUUUAAUUAACAGUGCUUGUUUUUGGUUACAAUUAUUAAAAAUAUUUAAAUUAAUUUUCACGUUCGACAUUUAAAAAAAUCUCUAUUGACAAAAAAGUACUCAGCAUUGAAUGGAUAUUUCAAAUUAAAAAGGGAAUUUAAAAAAAUUUUUUGGGCACUGGAUAAAAAUAACUAAUUCAAAUAGUUUUUUCCUAUUUUGAAUCAUUUAAACAAACUAUUGAAAACAUUAUUGUUACUUUCAGCCCCUUUGAGAGAUCAUCUGCAGACAAUGAGCAAAUUUGUUCCAUUCUUCAAACUAUUGAAUUUUUUCGAGAUCUAGAGAUAGCAGUUUUGAAAGAGCUGUCUGUAGUUGCUCAAAUUGAGAGCUGGAAAGAAGAACAUUUUCCAGGUAAAUUAUCUUUUUAGUUACAUUUUAAAAAGGAUUUUUAGGAUGCUCAUUGCAUUACUCAUAUACUCCAACAAAAUUAAAAAAAACUAUUUUAUAAUCAUUUUGGCCAACUUUUUCUUUUUAAACAAAAUUUGUGUAACAAAGUUUGAUAUAUAUGUAAAACUAAAUUUUAAAAUCACCAUUUUAGCCAAUAAGUCAGCUUAAAAACAAAUUGUCUUUUUCCGUAAAUAAAGUUUAUGGCAAAACGGGGAUUCACAUGAUCUUGAAGGGAAGCGUUGUCCCACUUUUUCAACCGUACUUAGUUGCUGGCCAGGAUGGAGUUUAUCCUCAACAAUUUGUGGCUUUUGGUGAUUCUAGUAGUAAAGCAGCACCUAAAGUAAGUUAGUAUUUUUUAAUCAUAAUUUUUCAGAAGAUAUUCCAGUUCUAAUUGAACUUUUUAAACUACAACUCCAGAAAACAAAGUUUUCACACUGGUAUCUAAAAACAUAAAUUUUCUCACUAUCAGAAAACACCCGAGAUGGGUGGGGAAAGAUAUUAGGAAGCAAAUUUACCAUCCCGACUCCUAGGAAAGUUGAACGUUUGCACUGUGUAUAUGCACAGCGUCGAACCGACCGGGUCUCCUUGGGUUGGGGUGGCCUCCGGCGGGACCUGAUCAAGCGGACUCGGUUGGGGGCUGUCCUGGCAAAGGGACAUCUCCAACGUGCCACUUCGCGGCCCGAUACCCAGGCAUAGGGGAGGUACUUCGGGGAGGGCAUAAGGAGCUUUAGCUAGACAGCCCUCUGAUGCCAUUUCCUAAUGGGAUAUGUCAGUAAGAGUGCAAAGUCUUUAUGCAUACAUUCAUAUUUAUAUAUUAAUCUCUUCUUGUCCCAUUUCCCCACCUUUAGUUAUAAUUGAAAACUAUAUUCUUAAACAAUGGAUUUUCAAAAUUAACUUGUCAAUUUUUACUGUUCUUGCAGCUGUCUGUAGGAGAUUGUUUUGGAACAUGGCUGCCUUUUGAAGAUCCAUAUUCACAGUAAGUGAAACAGUUAAAUAUAUAAAAAACAUAUGUCAGUGAUGCUAAAAUGUUAUUGACAAAAUAUAUGCUUUACAAACCAGUCUUUUGAUAGUAAUAAGUGAUAGAAACAGUUCUUAAAAAUUAAUUUGUUGCUGUGAUUUUAAUACAAUUUAAAAUGCUGGCAUUAAUAUUAUAACUUCCUCAAAGAGUGUUAAGUCAAGUGUGUUGUUAAAGAAAUUUUUAAAGAAGGCUGAGUGCAUUAACAAUAUCAUUUUGUAACAGAGAACUGAGCGUAUUAACCGGGGCAGAAAAUUGUGAAUUUCUCAAGUUUUCAGUCAGCGAUUACAAAAGGGUCAAAGAGGUAAGGCUUAAAUUGAACUUGUUUACCCUUACAGAUGUUUAUCUUUCAAAGAAUCACUGAUUCAGCUAUUCGCUAUAACUGUCAGUACUGAUGUUGGAUUUUAAUAGUAAUACACCAAAUGCUCAUUUUAACAAUGUAAUAAUUCUGCCAAAUUUAUAACAUUUUGAAAUUUGUCAAUAGUUAUCAUAAUCUCUUUCCAAUUAUUUUAUAAUUAAAAGGCAUUUGAUUUUGUUAGCAAAUAGAACACAGAGAGGAAAAUGAAAAGUUGCACCUGCUUUUGUCAUGUGAACAAUACAAACUUUGGCCCAAACAGCCAUUGACUGCAGUGGCUGCUACUAUCGAGUGGAUAUCAUACCCUCCUAAUACAGGUAUUUUUCACAUAAUAUAUGAAUGGAUCCUAACUGCAUCUAUCAUUUAGAGAAGGCACAUAUACAUUUAAUAAAACAAAGACAAUAUUAUUGAUGUAUUUAAUAUAAUUUUUAAAAAAUCGUCAAUUUUCAAAUUUUUUUUUAAUAGGAUAAAUUAAGUGCUCAAAUAAUUUUUAUUUUUUUUAGUUUUCACGUUUACAAAAUUUUUUAUUUUCAUUUUCAUGGUUGGAAGUUCUGGUUAGUGAAGGCUAUAAAUCACCUUUCAUUGGUCUGAUAAGAUCAGGAGAGUGCCAUGUCUUACGCCAAGUGGAAGUCUUCAACACAUUAAAAAAUGGGAAAAAGGUAUUUAUGUUAUGUAGAUAAAAAAUAAGUUUGAUUUUGAAAUAUCAUGAAACAAAAAUUAAUUUUAUAUUAAAAUGAUAUGAUUAAUUAAAAAAAAAUAAUUGUGGAUGAUUAUUCUUUUUCAAAAAGUGAUUGGGCCUCAUGAUUAUAUAAGGUGAUUUGGCAAUAUUAUUACUUUGCAGGAGCAAAAGACAAAACAAGUGGUGAUGGGAAAGCUUGUCCCAUUUAAUUCCUUUGCAGAAAUAAGUGUUCUACUGGAUGAACCAAUGACAUGUUCUGUUGUAACAGCUACACAGGCACAGCUUGGAAUCAUUCGACCAGAAAAGUUGCAAAGUAAGCAAGAGUGGUGAAAAUACAAUAAACAGUCACAUAAAAAUGUGACACACCAACAUAGUCUGAGAAAUAAUUUAAAUAAGUAUCUAUAAAAUACUUGAUUACUUUUCGUGCCAACCUUUUAUUUAAGCUUCAAUAUGAGGAUAAUUUAACAAAUGUCAGAUUUCUCUCUCCUUAUCCUCCUGAGUCCAGGCGUGCAGCCCACUGGACAUUAGUUUUCUAUGUGUUAUUCUAACUUGGUAGCUAAUUUUCGUUUGGAUCCUCUUGUGUAGCCUGCUGGACACAUUUUUACACUAGUUUGACCUACUUUUACGCCGAGAUAGACAAUACUAAAUUUUAAGAUGGCCGACAGAGGGGCAGUAGCUUCGUGUUCAGGGGGUGCUGGUAAGUUUUUUGCUAUUAUUUAUUAGAUUUAACCCAAUCUAAAGAUUUUAAUGUUGUUUUACGACAAUUAUAUGUCAAAGAAUACGAAUAUAAUAGGAUUUUUAUUCAUAUAUCAUUAAGUCGUAGUUUAUUUCAUCAUUGAAAAAGGUGUUCAGUAUACUGGACACAGGACUCAAAUCAUAACAACAACACCGGUGAUACGGUGACGACACACAUAAGAAUUAAAGGCGUAGUCAUAGUUCUAUGCAAUCGAUGUCAUUUUCAGCUGUGUUUAAAUGGUAUCAUUGUUAUCAAAGUAAUUACUCAUUUAGAUACACAUAUCUUAGUCAGUAUUUAGUUAGAUCUCUUAUGUAUUCUUUAAAUUUAUUAAUAGAUUUUUAAAUAAAAAAAACAAUGAAAAUUACCUAGUACCUAGACCUAUUCACUAAACUUAGUACUAACUAAUAGUAGUACUGUAUCUCAAGUGGGAAUAUUUAAUUUAGGCAUUCUACAAUAUUAAGGCCUUAUUUAGUUUGUUGAAAUUUUAAGAAAAUCCCUGAUUUUGAUAAUUUAUCAUAAAAAUGAAUAAUAAUAAAUAUAUUAUUUUCAUCAUGCAAACUGAUUUUUUUUAUUUUUUUUUUACAGUUGUAGGCAAUACUCAGAGAAUAUACCACACAGAACAACAGUUGUAUGUGAUGUUUGAACAAUCGUCAGAUAUCAGAGAAAUAUCCUCAUCCUCUGAUGAAAUCGAUAUAGAUGACGACAUUGAUUACAAUGAAUCAAACUCUGAAAAUGAAUCAUCUGAAGACGAAGAACCUUUGUCCAAAGACAACAAAAAAAGUGAAAGUCGCUCCCUCUGGCAUAACCAAUUUGAUCCUGAUUUGUCAGAUGUUAAUCUCAAAGUUAACGAAUUUAGCUUACAAAAGAUUCAUUCACUUGCAUUUGGUAUGAAAGAGUUUGAAGCAGUUCCUUUUGGAAACCAAACACAAAAAUGCUUUGCUAGUUGAACAGCGCACCCUGCAUUUAGCUGAAGAUCCUUCUCUGCUACAUCUUGAAAAAGAAUUUGAAUCAAUAUCUGGAUUAUCAGAGAGAUGGGCAACUUGUUAAUGAAAACCUGGUUUGGGCACAGGGACUCUUUUUGUUUCCCUCUAUAUUUUUCAAAGGUGACAUCAUCAAAUGGAGGAGUGCUUUUUUCAGGCAGGCUUAGUUGCUCCAUGUCUUCUCCGUCCCAGUAUUGAAACUAUGCAUUUACAGUAGCUUGGUCCAACAUAAGGAAUAUUACUCUGAUUGACCAUUUGGAAUUUAUUGCUCAAGUAGCGUAAUAGCCCCAACGUUCUGUCACACUAGUCGACACCUCCCAUGUUGUGAUUACAUUGUUUUGUUAGAAAUGGACACUGUUCCUCUAUAUAAUUUUUUUCCUUUUUUGACCAUAGUAAACACUGUUUAGUUGGAGCCAUCGAUUCUGCAAUAUUUGGCACCCUAUUUGAAGUUGUCCAGUACAUUUGUAUUGAGGGAUACAUCAGGCAAGACAUCUCCAUGCUAAUUCCAAGAAAAUUUUUUAUUUCUUCGGCUGUAACGGAACCAGUAUGCAGAUUGGUGAAAAGUCUGUGUCUGUGUAGAAUUGUUCAUCAAAACAUUGAUGGAAAUAAUCAAAAGGUUCAACCCUGCAACAUUUGUGAUUGAGUUUUGUAAUCAAUUGUUUGUUGUUUUUUUACGUAUGGCAAAAAAUGAUUUGGAUCCCGAUGUCCAGUGGACUGCACAUCAAAUAAAUCAAAUAUCAAAAUAAAAUUUUUUUGUUUCAAUGUUUUUUUAGCAUUUUAGCAUCACUUAUAGCACAAUAAAAUAGGUGUCAAGUUGAUUUCACUCUAACUUGCCUCUGGGGACUCAGGAGGUUAUAGUUUUGAAUUAAAAUGUAUUUAUUGUUUUGAAUUAAACUGUAUUUAUUAUUUUGAAAUUUCAAGUGGACAUGUCAGUUUAAGGGAGUGUUAAACUUAAAAUGCCUUGCAAGAUUAAGCUGAGUAUCAGUUUUACAUAACCAAGUCCAAAGUGUUGGGAAGUUAGUUUAAAAUGUCUUCAAAAUAGAAAAAAACCCACCAAAUUAAUGUCAAGUUUAAAAAGUUUGUGAAGAGGAUGGAUGAAACCAGGAGCUGUCUUCUGUUUUAAGGAAAGGCAUUUUAUGUUUGAAGGCAUCUGAACAAAAAAUCUUUCCUUAGCAUCUUGAAAGCAUCUUGUGUUGUUGAUUUUUUAACAACAAUUGUAUAUUUUCACUCUCUAAACCAUAUUAUUAUUUAAAAUUCAAACUGAUUUUCAGUCUGCUAAACAAAUGACUGCACACACCAUUAAAAUCACACCCCAAAAAUAUAAUUACCAACUGAUUUAAAUAAUCUAGAAACUAUUAUUGUAUUUUCUUUCUUUGUUAAAACCAGUGUUCCUCAGAAAAAAUACAUAUUUUUAUCCCUUUUCUCUUUAAGUUUCGGGUACUUACUUUUCCUAGCACCUGCAACACAAACACUAUUUUUAAAAUUAUUAUUAGAUGGUAGGGUCUACACACAUUUUUAUAAUAAUUUUUUUUUAGCUCUUGAUGAUGUCACACGACAAUUAUUGAGACAAUCUAAUACAAGAACUUUUGGACAUUUGACUAAAGUAAGAUAAUAAAAUAGAUGGUUUAACUACCAUGGUUAUUUCUGAACAUUAACUAUCAUUGUUUCCAAUAACCAUGCAAAUUACCUUAACACCAGUUUUGAAUAAUUUAUAGUAAGAGUUUCAACUAGAUGCUGCUUGCCACAAUGCUCUCAGGAGAUGCUUUCAGUUUAUUUUUACAACAGAAGUUGAUUGAAUUUACUUAGCAGUUAAAUUUAUGUUAAGAGACUAAUAAAGAGCAAGUUUACAGUAGGCAUCAUCUGGGGUUUAUUUUAACAUCACUGAGACAGUCAAGAAUCAUUUGAUGAUAACUUUUAUAUUGAGUGGUGUGGUCUAGAAAACAUAAACAGCAUUCUGUAGUACAACAAGUAAAAAGUUUUAAGCGAAUGUACACUUUUAUUUUAACAGGAGGAAAUUCAAAAUGAGUAUCUCGAGCAAGAGCUGAAGAGGGAGUGGAAUGAGUUCAAACACGGCCAGGUGCUUGAUGUCAUUAAUGCACGAGGAAUUAGACCUGGAUAUGGAAAAUGGUCUAAAGGAAGUCCCUCUGGAAGUUAUUGAAGAUUUACCAACUAGAUUUACUUGCAUUUUAAAAAUAAAAUGAUUCUUUCAUUUUUCAAAAUAAACCAAAGGGAUUUAAAAAAAAAAAAACAAACUUCAGUUAUACAAAAAAAUCAAUGUUAAACUCACUAAGUCAGCAUAAUACUUAAAAAGAACAAACUAGGGUUAACAUUGACUAAGUAAGAAUAACAAACACAAAAAGUAAUAAGUUGUGUUUUUGUUAUCUUAAUAAAUAUAUUUUUAAUGGAAAUUAAUUUAUUAUUUUGUAAUGUUUACAAAAUUGCAUGAGUUUUUCUCAAAUAAAUAAAUAAAUAUACAAUGAAUAAAAACAAAGAGUUUUCUUUGAGAAAUAUUUACGUCAAAGUAUGUACAUUAUUUAUAAAUCGCAUUAAAAUAUUUGAUUAAAGAUUUGCUAAUCAAAACAAU